AAUCUAGCACACGCCGACCGACGCAGACAAACAUCAGUAAACCGACGCUUCCGACGCUCUCGACACCACUUUUCAUGCCCAUUCUCGAAAGUGGGCUUCGCAAACAGAAUGUCUUAUUACUUCGAGCACUGAGAGAUGUUUCUCUCACUGCGGGCCAUAGGACGUUCCGAGCGCGUACGGGAAGGCGCACAUUUACUGUUCUCGGCUUCGAGAGCUCAGCGGAUGAUACUUGUGCAGCCGUCGUGACGUCUUCGCGUCAAAUACUUUCAAACGUUGUCGUAAAACAGCACGAUCUCCACGAAGGUUUCGGCGGCAUCCAUCCAUCUGUAGCUAUUGAAGCGCACCAGCGUAACAUGCCGGGUGCUGUUAGAAUGGCCCUCGAACAGGCAAAUAUUAACAUUCACGACGUCGACGGUAUUGCAUUUACGCGAGGUCCAGGAAUUGGAGGUUGCCUUAGUGUGGGCUCGAAUGCAGCAAAGUCGCUCGCUGCUGCCCUCGGUAAGCCUCUGGUCGGUGUCCACCACAUGCAAGCCCACGCUUUGACCCCUUUGCUCACGACUCCAACCGCUGAUCUCCCGCAGUUUCCUUUCUUGACACUGCUGAUCUCUGGAGGCCAUACACUUCUACUUCUAGCUUCAUCGAUUACCUCGUUCCAGAUUCUUGCAACAACAGCAGACGCUAGUAUUGGACGUGCAUUCGACAAGACAGCCCGAGCACUUGGUUUAUCUUGGGGAACCAGAGGUCCUGGUGCAGCGCUCGAGGAGCUCUGCCGCAUGACAAACGAAGAGCUGGAACCCCUACCCGACAUUCAACCGUUCACCGUGCCGAUGCCAGGAAAACUCGCCUUUUCCUUCGCAUCCCUGCAGUCUUCAGUAGACCGCCACAUUUCUCUCAUGGAAGAACCUCUAUCCACUUCACAUAAAAUUGCCUUGGCUCGUGCAUUCCAGACAGCCGCAGCCCGUCAAAUUUGCGCCAAGCUUACGUUGAGCCUUCAAAAACUCGAGCUGAAGGGCUUGAAAGUGAGGGAUGUUGUCGUUAGCGGCGGGGUCGCCAGCAAUACCUUUUUACGUGAAAGGCUCCGAGAAACACUGGAUGGUUACAGCUCUGAUGAGCGCAUAUCGCUUCAUUUCCCCCCGCUGGAAUUAUGCACAGACAACGCGGCGAUGAUAGCAUGGGCUUCGAUGCAUCGGUUCCUUGCUGGUGACUAUGAUGACUAUACAAUAGACCUUCGUGCCAAGUGGAGCAUUGAAGAUAUCUUAGUUUGAAAUGCCUUGCAGAUGUGGCUAGUCAUGUGAUCUUCCCCGAUGUACUUCUCGACCAUACAAGGACUGCUGCCAAUCCCCGAUUUUCACAGGAGGUCUUUGUCGAAUACUAACACCAAUCAUUGUCCAAUUUUUUCAGCAACCUUCUGUGCAAAUUCCGAGUGGCUUUAUGGCUGCGUGAGACAUUGAGUCGAUUUGAUACGCACUUUAUAAGUAUAAAUUUCUCUGUGA